CAACUUUGUCUCUUUACAGCCCGCUUACUGUAAAAUAUCCAUGGCGGCUGUCAGUUCUUUCGCUCUUCUCCGGAAUUGUGCAAUUAGUACAAGAGCAUUCUCUAAUGUGAAAACCUCCUCAAGAGCCACCAUCUCCUUUUUGAACAACAAAUUCCUUCUGCCUAUUCAGUCUCGAAGAUCUCUGUUUUGCACGACUGCUAUUAACGAUGAAGAAGCAUCUGCCAGAGCAGCAGCAGCCAGUGCUGAGAGUGGAGCUCCAACCAUUUUUGAUAAGAUCAUAACAAAGGAAAUUCCUUCAUCCAUUGUAUAUGAGGAUGACAAGGUCCUUGCUUUUCGAGACAUCAAUCCUCAGGCUCCUGUUCACGUUUUAGUUAUUCCAAAGAUCAGGGAUGGAUUGACACAGCUUUCAAAGGCUGAAGCAAGACAUGGGGAGAUACUUGGUUAUCUUCUCUAUGCUGCCAAAAUAGUGGCUGAAAAAGAAGGCAUCCUUGAUGGUUUUCGUGUUGUUAUAAACAAUGGCCCCAGUGCUUGUCAAUCUGUUUAUCAUCUUCACUUGCAUGUCCUGGGCGGCAGACAAAUGACAUGGCCAGCUGGUUAAAGAUUUGAAACAAAAGUAUCUUCCUAUUUUCUCUUUAUAAGCCUUUCAUUUUGUAUGAACGUUUUUUUGAAAAUAAAUGUUUAUGAAGUACAACUUCACAAGUGGAGGCUGUAUUCUUAUUUCUGGAAUGCAUGUUUUAAGAAGCUCUGUGACGAAAAAGAAAAUUGUGUUCUAUUACCUACUGUAAUCUGCAACUAUCACCUGGACUAGAGUCUUUCAUAAGUUACUAUUUCAAGGUUAUGUUUAUGAUAUCUGCAAUAUAAUUUCUGCUCUCUAA